AUGGAAAUGGAAAAGAUGUCGAUCAACGAGCCCACCGCCAUCGGGCUCAUACUCUCUAUCAUCAUAUCGACGGCAAUAUUCAUAUCGACGAUGCUAUUCAUCUGCGACAAGAUGGAUCGCGGAACUGAUAUCAAAUAUGUAGAGGCCAACGAACGAAAACGUGUUAUUUCGCAAUUAUUACGUCUUGGACCGCAUAGAUUGCGGGAUAUUUGUGAGGGCGAGGGAGUUAGUUACAUGAUGAGGGGUGAACGUGGAGAUCUUGCUGCUUUGAGAGGGGAAUUGAGAUCGCAGUUGGAAGGGGAUGUGAGGGGAGAAGUUGAGAGGGAGUUGAGGGGGGAGAUUAGAGAGGAGAUGAGGAGGAGUGGGAGGGAGGGUGAGUUGGUGGCGGAUGUUAGGGGGGAGGUUAGACGGGAGGUUCAGGGAAGAUUGAGGAGAGAGAUGGAGGAGGAUAUGAGACGGGAAGUUAGUAGGGAUUUGAAGGUGGGGAUUAGAGAAGAGAUGAAGAGGAGUGGGAGAGAGGUUGGAUUGGUUGUUGAAGCGAUGGCGGAUGUUAGGGAAGAGGUUAGAUUGGAGGUUCGGGGGAGAUUGAGAAGAGAGGCGGAGAGAGAUUUGAGACAAGAAGUGAGUAGGGAAUUAAAGGCAAAGAUUAGAGAAGAAAUGACGAGGAGUGGGAGGAAUGUUGGGUUGAUGGCCGAAGCGGUAGCGGAUAUUAGGGAGGAGGUUAGACGGGAGGUUCAGGGAAGAUUGAGGAGGGAGAUGGAAAGAGAUGUGAGAAGAGUGAUUGAUAUGGAGAAAAAAGAAUUAGAGGUGAAGUUGAGGAGGGAGAUGGAGAUGGAGGCGAGAAGAGCUGAGGUCGAGAAGCAGGUCGAGAAAAAAGUCCAAACACAGACUAAAGAAAAAGGCACGGUAAAGGGGUAUGGAAAAGGAGAUGGUAGCGAGGAACUUAUGAUCACGACAACGACCACGCAGAAGGAAAACGGAAGCGUAGAAGGCAGCGAGGAGGCUAUGUUUUCAAAGACGACCAGACAGAAUAUUCUUGCAAGAACGAAGACGAGAUAG